UAACGAAUCUCUAGAGAAAAGUUACUAAAAUUACUUUGGUAAAAUAUGAAUAUUAUUAGAAUAAGUGGAGUCUUGUUUAUUCUGUUUUCCUUUAAAAUAGAAUGGAUUUUAGGUUGCCAGGUCCAGUUCUAUGACAUCCCCGGGCGCCGCUAUCAUAUUAGCAAGGCCUACGUACAGUACAGCCUACCCCUCCCCGACUGUCGCGACAGGUGCGCGGGGGACGAAAACUGUUGGGCUCUCAUGUUCUACAAUACCACCAACAUGUGCGCCUUGACUAACUUAACCGUUGUUUUUGGAUACAUGUGUGAUUAUUGUUUUUCGGCCAAAAAGGGACCAUGCAUCAAUCCGGUAACAACAACAACUCCAGCCCCAUCAACAACAGCAGCAACAUCAACAACAUCAGUACCAGAAUCGAUACUUUGCUCGUGUACUUGUGAAGAAGACCAAUCAGUGAACAACAUAACGAGGAUGAAUGAGCGAAUUUCGUCACUGAAACUCAACAAGAGCUUGUUGUCCUCGACACGCCGGAAGUUAAUCUCAGCAGACGACACGCGUCCGUCUGCCAAAGGAAUCGGGUCGGCAGGAAUCUUUUUUAUCGUGUCGACCAUGGCAGUUUUUGUGUUUUUUGAUUGCUUAAAUCUGUCCUUAUUUAAGACAUAGAACAGAAAUGGUGUUUGGAGACUCAGCUACUGUCAGUGUGAAUGAAUCGGCAAAAAAAGUACUGGAAUUGUUGUGGCUCUUGCUCCUUUUUUCUUAAAAACAUUAAUUUUGAACUUCAUUAAGCAGCAUAUUUCUCAGCAUGCAGCAAGAAAGUAUCAAGUUAUAAAGGAAUGGGUGAUGAAAGUACAUGUGGUUUUGUCGAGUAUUUAGUUAAAUGGCGUUUGUACUUUGUGAUUAUGUAUGUAAAUGUAUCAGUUUUAUUAACUUUUAAUUUGCGGCAACUGUGUGGAAAUUAUAAAACGACAUUUUAUAAAACAAAUUUUGAAGUUAAUUUAAAUUCAAGAUUUUGAAUGUUUAGUAAGCAAGGACUGAUAAUCCCAACCC